UAUCCGUCAUGCCCUUCGCGCCUAGUAUGAUAUGGGAUCGUUUCUUUACUGCUGACAACGACACGGACAGCUUUAUCAAAACAGUUCUUUUUGCUUCUGUUUCUUGCUCGACAGUCGACACACUCUGCAAGGACGGCUACGUCAAGGUGGCUGUUGAGAUUUUUAACAAAAGGAAAUCUGGGUUUCGGGUUGAUUCAAAAAUGUACAGUGUCUUCAUAAGCGGAUGGUGCAAGAUUGGCCGAACCGUUAAGGCAGAGAGGUUUUGUAAGGAUGUGAUGGAAAGAGGAAUGGAAGCCAAUGUUGUCACUUACCAUGUGAUGUUAAACGGUAUUUGUAGAACAGUCAGUUUGCAUCUCGAUGAGCGGUUUAACAGAACAAUAAGGGAUGCCGAGAAACAGUUCGACGAAAUGCGACAACGAGGGAUUGAACCUGAUAUAACCGGCAUUUCAAUCGUUUUACGUGUAUACAGCAGGGCGCAUAAGCCUGAGUUAACACUCGAUACGUUGAAGUAUAUGAAGAAGAAAGGUAUGGCUGCUUACACAUCAGUAAUCAAGUGUCAUUGGUCGCGUGGGAGGCUCAAGGAAGCGGAGACGUUGCUCGUUGAUAUGGUGAAUAAUGGGGUUAGUCCUCAAAUGGAAAUCCAAAUUAUAAUGGACAAGGAUCGAAAACUGGAAGGAAUUGGAGCGAUAAUCACGGAUGCAAAGGGCCAAAGCAUGGGUGCAGACAGUGACAGAGUGUCGUGGAUUGCAAACUCAUUUAUUGUUGAAGCAACUGCUGCAAUUCGAACGCUGAACUUUGCUAAAGAGAUGUGCUUUAACGAAAUUGUAUCAGAAGGAGAUGUCUUAUCAGUAAUAACGCCGUUGCAUAUUAGAAUUGAAAAUCUUAACUGUUAA